UCCCCGUCCCUAAUCCGGCUCAGCACACGCAAGAGUCGGUCAAGAAGGGGGUUUGAUACGCCAUACGAUCCUUCAUUCAUCACAUAUUCGAGCCAGGUGCUCCUUUUCUCUCUUACUCCAACUAUGGCCUCGAGUCCUUUAAAGAACUCCUCGUCCACGGCGAGCGGGAUGAGCAACGGCAUACACCAGCCAAUCCCGCGCAAACCCGCUCUCUCAUCCCUGGCGCAUUCCCGCGCCGAUAUCAUCAAGUCAGAAGAACUGCCAGUACCCGAACGAACGCCAUCGCAGACUCCAGCGCCGCCGGAAGAUGCACCUCCCUCGGUGAAGGCCACAUCGGAGGCGCGUAAGCAGUUGCGGGCCAAGCGGAAACGCAUGUUCCCAACGGUCGACUAUCAAGAGCGUGUGUCAUACUUCGACCCUAAGAGCGACUAUUCCAACUUUCGCGGCUUCUUCGUGCUAUUCUGGGUGGGGUUGGCGAUCAUGGUCAUCACCUCCAUGCUGCGCAACUACAAAGAGACGGGCAACUUGUUCAAUUUCAAACAGUGGCCACUGUUCACGGCGAACGUGUGGGAGCUUGCUCCCCUCGAUCUGCUCAUGUGUGCGAGCACGGGCGUCAAUCUCCCGCUGAACAUGCUGUACACGAACAGCUCGGGGUGGUUGGCGUGGAACAAAGGCGGCAGGAUCGUGCAGAGCAUCGUUCAGUCGAUAUGGCUGUGGGUGUGGAUCUCGUAUCCCUUUGCACGAGACUGGAGCUGGACGGCGCAAGUCUUCUUCACGCUGCACACCCUCGCCCUCUUCAUGAAAAUGCACAGCUACGCCUUCUACUGUGGGCACUUAUCGAACACGCUCAAGCGACUGCAACAGCUCGACAUGCCGAUUGGGCCGCAAACACCGACGACCGCUGCUGUCCAUUACCCGCGCACACCAAUCGCCGAGAGAAUGCAGUUCAUUCCGGAUGACGACGAGUCCAGCAGACAUACCAACAUCUCCCCCAUCGUUCAAUUACGCGAGGAUCUCGCCAAAGAACUCACGUCCCCCUCCGGCAACGUCACAUACCCCUCCAACUUAACGGUGGAGAACUUCUUCGACUACCUCUUGUGCCCCACCCUAUGCUACGAACUCGAAUACCCGCGCAACCGCAGCCGCAACUACCUUGAGCUCUUCUACAAAGUCCUCGCCGUCUUCGGCUGCAUCUUCCUCAUGACCGUCACGAGCGAAGAAUUCAUCAUCCCCGUCCUCGACGAGUCGCACAUCCGCCUGCAAGAGAACGAAUACUUGCUCGACAAAUCCCUCAUCUUCGCCGAGACCGUCUCGCGCCUCCUCUUCCCCUUCAUGGUCACCUUCCUGCUCGUCUUCCUCGUCAUCUUCGAAUACGCCCUGGGCGCUUUUGCGGAAAUCACCUGCUUCGCCGACCGCCAAUUCUACUCCGACUGGUGGAACUCGCUGGACUGGCUCGAGUUCUCCCGCGAGUGGAACAUCCCCGUGCACAACUUCUUCCGCCGGCACGUGUACAGCGCGUCGCGCAGCGCCAACCUCUCCCGCCCCGUCGCCAUGAGCAUCACCUUUUUCAUCUCCGCGCUGGCGCACGAGCUCGUCAUGGGCUGCAUCACGCGCAAGUUCCGCGGGUAUGGCUUUGUGCUGCUCAUGCUGCAGAUGCCGUUUGUCAUGAUUCAGCGGCUGCCCGGCAUUCGCGAGCGCACGUUGCUGAAUAAUGUCAUGUUUUGGAUUUGCAUGAUUAUGGGGUUGGCUUUGUUGUGUGCUCUCUACGUCCUUGUAUAGAUUUAGAACCGGCGUGCCUCUGAAUGACCAACGGCCUUCACAUAGCAUUCUAGUCCGAUAUGCUCGCUUACGCAUCUACGUGUCCUGCUCAAAACAUCUGUAUUCCUUCCUCA